AUGGCCCCCAAGUGCUCUGGCCGGUUGAUUAGCGGUACCGCUAAGCCCAAAACACACCUAGACCCUGGCGAUCAAGACCGGUUUAGCCCUCAGCUGGGCUCUAUGAUCUUCUUUGGAGGAAGAGCUCGCGAGAUUCCGCGUGAGACUGUUCUUCUGAGUAGGUUAAAUAGGACUACGUCUGCCCUGUUUGACAGGAUCUCAUCCUCUACAUCAUCCUCGCAAUCUGCGGAAUAUCUUCCGCGGGGAGGUUCUACGUCCCGCUCAACCACUCUUUUAUACAUCCCGCCCAAGCAUCAAGAUGCUUGCCACCGCUGCCAUGUCGGUGCUGGUCCUCCUGCCUGCCGUGCAGGGAGCCCCAGCCAGCUCGCACGACUUGACGAGCGCCUCUGCUUCCGGCCAUGGCCUGCACAAGCGCUGCGGCACUGUGGGCAAUUACUACAACCAGAAGACACCAGCGACUACGACACCUACAAAACCGGAGACUGGCUGAACAACUGGUGGAACUCCAACCAGAACCUGAUCAGCAGCAACUCGGCCGGGUUCGCCGGCGCCUUCGGCCAGUGGGCUUUGGGGAACCCGGACUGGACGUGUCGGGAUGAUGGUUCCAACUCGGACUGCGAUCUGGACCUAUGUGAUAACCGCGUCCUGAAUGACCGCGGCGACGAUAUCCGUACAACGUACUAUGUACUUGAGUCGGUGAACCGGCUGCAUACGUAUUUCACGGGUGUCGGCCAGGCGUUUACGACUGCUGCCCUUGGCGCGGCGCUCUCGAAGGACUCGUGGGCUACGACCUUCUACAAGGACAAGGACGAUAAGAGCGCGACGGUGCUCAAGGAGGUGCUCAACGCCGUCGCGACUGUCGUUGGCAUUGGCGCUACCUUCGCCGGUCUGGGGUAUCCCUUGACAGGAGCUGUUGGUGGCGCGGCCGCAGCCCUCAUUGGCGGCGCAAAUGGUGCUGCUGGUCCCGUCGUGGAUGUACACCAAGACGAUACCUUCCAGAAAUCUGCCGAUCUGGGCGGCAUUCUGGGCACCAUCGUCGUCGACUCCCUCAAGUCCUUCACCACAGCCAACAACCAGCUGAUGGCCGGCCAGAGCUACGGCAAUAACGACAUCCGCAGCUAUCUCAGUGGCGGCGCAUUCCUCGCAUACGCGGGCGUGGACAAGAAUGCCGUCACCGAUGCCAUGACCAGCAUGCUCAUCGGCACGUCCAUCAACCAGCUCUACCGUACGCAGAAGAUCUUCGUCAUGGGUGGCGGCGCCUGCGGUGAUAACCAGGGCAUCGGCUCUGGGCCCUCCGAGGCCGUCGUCUGCCGCGACGGCAAGGCCUGGUACCUGUACUACUGGCAGGAGAACGACGUGAUCUCUACCACCUCGCACCAGUGGGGGUGGGUUGCGUCGCCGCCAGGCGCGGAGAAGCUGGGCGCGAACGAGUACGGCAGCGUGACUGUCGCGGACAUCAUCAACUCCUCUCUCGACGCGUAUAAUGUCGCGGGCUACGACUACAGCAACGACAAGGCGGCGUCCCGCGCCGAGGAGGCCUAUGUGAGUGGUUGGGGGAACCCGGGUGCGAAAGGCGCUGCUUGGGAAGGUAUCUUUACUAUCCCUGUGUGCGAUGUCGGCGCCGCCGUCAACUCGGAUUACUCGGGCAAGGAGUAUAUCCUACAGCCGUAUGGACAUGAUAGCCGCCCUGUUUGGUGUGGUGCUAUUUGCGGAGGUGAUGUGCAGAAGACCAAGGACUUCAUUCAUGCUGCCAACAUGGAUGGCUUCAUGAGCCCGAAGCACCUGUGCCCGACGGAUGCUGGGUACUAG